UGCGCUCUGAACUAUUUGAAAAUAUUUGGUUGAACACUUGCUGAAAUAUCACACUACACGCUCAUUUGAAAUCAUGACAUCAACGAAACCAUCUUGUUCACUUUGCGAUGUCUCCUUUGACAACAGUCAGGAGCACCGAGUGCAUGCCAAGAGUGAGGCUCAUGUCCAAGCCUUGAGGAAUCGUGCGGCUGCUUCAGGUCUAAUCGAGCAACCGACAGAGGACAGCGAUACAUUUUCGCAUACAAGCAACGACCCCGAAGACGAGCGCUCAAGUACCGACGAUGAAACCGGAGACGAAAACGAAACUUCGGGCAGUGCGAUCCCUGAGUUUGAUUCAACGAAAUGCAUCAUAUGCACGCACAAUGACGAAAGCUUUGAUAAGAGCCUCAUUCACAUGGAAACAGCUCACGGUCUACGGAUCCCCUUCCGAGACCAUUUGAUCGUGGACUUGGAGACAGUGAUAUGGUAUCUUUACUUUCUGGUGGCCACAUACCGCGAGUGCAUCUACUGCGGAACACGAAGACGGACGGUAGAGGGAAUUCAGCAGCAUAUGAGAGACAAAGGUCACUGCAGGAUUGAGUUGACAGACGAGAUGCAGGAGUUCUACGACCUUGAGGGUCUGAAGGCUCACGGUCGAGAAAAUGCGGUUUCAGUUGAUAACGAGAGUCUUCGGCUAUCAUCUGGCAAGAUCCUUUCACAUCGCGAUGCUCCCACCACCAAGCCACGCCGAACAUCGCCUCAAGAAGAAACUCAGGAGAACCGAGCACCUCUUCCCAGUCAUGCAGCUUCUGAUGCACUUACAGCCAGAGAUAAAAAGGACGCCGCUCUUGCAUCUCAAUUAGCACGACUCAGCGUCAAAGACCAGCAGAGUCUGAUGCAUCUGACAUCAUCAGAACAGAGGAGUUUCCUCCUGCAGAGGAAGAAGGAGAUGGAUGCAGUUCGUCGGGCGGAAAGGAAGAUGAGGUUGAAGACGGAGAGACUGAGUAACAAGACUAUGAUGACGCACUUCAAGAAUGAUGUUCCUGGGAGGAGUAACGGAUGAGGAGUAAAAUGGCUGUUUACUUCUAUUCGAGACAUACGCGCUUGUCAUUACGGACGAUUUAACGAACUUGAUAGUGCUCGAAUCCCUUGAGAUACUAAUGA